AUGGCUUGCACACCCACCGACGCCGCUGGCUCCGGCUGCAGCCGCCGCACGCGCACCCGAGGCACGGAGGCGUCGGGGCGCACCGCCGUGCUCGAGCAACUCCGCGCCGUCCGCAAAGGUGAAAUCCGCGCCUCCGACGCCAUCCAGGUGAAGGUUGAUGCACUGAUCUACGACACCGUCCCGGAGGAGUACAACGCUCUCGUCGCUCGCCGCCGCAAGGAAGCCGGCGAGUUCAUCAUCGACAACGACGGGCUCGGUUACGUCGAGGACGGCCGCCGCACACGCACGCGCACGCGCACCCGGGGCGCGGAGGCGUCGAGGCGCACCGCCGUGCUCCACCAACUCCGUGCCGUCCGCAGAGGUGAAAUCCGCGACGCCAUACAGGAGUACAACGCGCUCUUUGCUCGCCGCCGCAAGGAAGCCGGCGAGUUGAUUAUCGACGACGACGGGCUCGGUUACGUCGAGGACGGCCGCUGCACGCGCUCCCGGGGCACGGAGGCAUCACGGCGCACCGCCGUGCUCCAGCAACUCCGCGCCGUCCGCAACGGUGAAAUCCACGCCUCCGACGCCAUCCAGCAGAUCUCCUCUAUGUUCACAUCCUCGGUAUUUCAGAGGCCCGGCAGCGACCGCGCCAAGAGCUUGGCGCUGGCCGCCGACAGCAUCGUGGACGACGUCAUCGCCGAGUUCGCUCCCGACGAGGACGACCAUGAGGAGAGGCGGCGGCGGGUUGGUAGGGUAAUUGUAGAUGCUGAAAUGGUUAGAUCGAACAAUGGAAAUGAUAAGGUGGUGGAAUUGAAGAAUGAUGCUGAGAUGGAAACCAAUUUGGACGAAAUUUCUGGCAUGAUGUAUUAUAGCAGCAAAAAUCUACAAUUCUAG